AUGACGUCUGCAUUUAACUAGAGAUCGAAGAGAUUUUUCAGUAAAGGUUCAAAACUCUGUGACCCCCCGCUUUCAAUAGUAAUUUUGUUGUGUGAAAUAUACAGGUAUCAUUUCGAUAUCAGCAUUACACAAUGCAUUCCGACGAACCAGAAACGCCUGCGACGCAGCGGCUAACGAACGAUGAUUUCCGUAAACUUUUGAUGACACCGAGGGCACCAGCCGGAGCAGGACAAGCAGUGGGAUCAAUCCGUGAUGCAAUGGCCAGCAAAAAUUCGGGGUCUGCGGUACCUCAAGCUGGCUCAUCAGCAUCUGCCUCAUCUUCCAGUAUCAAAACACCAUCAUCGGAACGGAAUGAAGCUCGUCGCAAAAAGAAAAACUUCUACGCACAACUCAAAAAACAAGAAGACAACAAACUUGCAGAAUUGGCCGAGAAAUACCGUGACCGUGCACGUGAAAGGCGUGACGGUGCAAAUCCUGAUUACCAGAACCUUGAUUCCUCUAGCACAACCAGCGCCUAUCGCGCGGUUGCUCCGGAUGCCAAAUCGGGCCUCGACGCUGCCGAGCGUCGUCGUCAACAGAUUCAAGAGUCCAAGUUUUUGGGAGGUGACAUGGAGCACACCCAUUUGGUUAAGGGUUUGGAUUAUGCGCUGCUUCAAAAAGUCCGUAGUGAAAUCGUUGCCAAAGAGCAGGAGCAGGAGGAAGAAUUGGAAAAGUUGGUCGACAUCGAAGCAACCGCUACUUUGCCCAAUUCAGCUCAACGCUCCGUGGCAGCUGGCUUACUUACAGAAAAGGAUUCAGUCAAUUCCGAAGAGAUAGAGUUCCAUACCGUGCUGGGACAAAACAUUUUUCGCUUUUUGGAAAAGCAACGUUCACGAGUGAUCGAACGUAAUGAAAUGUUUGCCCCUGGCCGAAUGGCCUACCACAUCGAACUGGAGGAUGAAAAUGCCGAUACCGAUAUUCCGACGACUGUAAUUCGUUCUAAAGCGGAAGUGCCACUCGAUAUAUGCGAUACCCAAACCCUCACCAUAAACGAUAUUGUAAUAAACAAAUUGGCGCAAAUUCUCUCCUACCUGCGGCAGGGAGGUCGAGGCAAAAAAAAUAAACGUCGGGAUAAAGAUAAGCCACUUUUUAAAAUUCCUGGAGAUUCAGGAAGCAAAGAGAUAGACGAGUCAAUCUAUGGAAACAUUGGAGAUUACCGUCCCAGUCGACGCUACGAGGACGUAGGUACGUCCUCUAAAUUAGAAGACAGACAUAAUUACUUUGGUAAGGGCGAUGGCGAAAGUGCGGUGGAUCAUGAAGCAUCGUUAUCAGCGAUUCCAGCACCACCGAAGCUAUCAACACAGCUCAUCACUAAGUUAACAGCCGAACCGGAAGGAUACGCUGAAUGCUAUCCGGGAUUGCAGGAGAUGAAUGAUGCGAUCGAUGAUUCCGAUGAUGAAGUGGACUACACUAAGAUGGAUCUCGGCAACAAGAAAGGUCCAAUCGGUCGUUGGGACUUUGACACUCAGGAGGAAUAUUCCGAAUACAUGAGCAGCAAGGAGGCACUCCCAAAAGCCGCUUUCCAGUACGGCGUGAAAAUGCAGGAUGGACGUAAAACACGCAAACAUAAAACGGAAAAGAACGAGAAAGCCGAGCUCGACCGUGAAUGGCAACAGAUUCAAAACAUUAUUCAGAAACGAAAAGCUAAAACGGUCAACGAUGACGUUGAGAUUAAAAAGAGCAAGUACUAAUUUAUUUUUCACUAGCUGCCCCGACAGACUUCGUACUGUCUUUGAUCGGUCGUGGGUUUAUCGUAAACAGGAACUUUAAAAUUUUAGUAGAUAUAAUUUUAUCUAUUCCAUAAUUUGGUAGUAUUCGAUUUAUCAAUGAACCAAAUGAAUAGCUAGGUCCGUUAGUGAUGUUGGAAAUAGAGAUGCGACGUGCUUGUAAAUAUGAGCUGGAAAGUUAACAUGAUGUUUGAGUUUUAAGGCUUUGCCUUUCGGGCUAAAUGACAUCAUUUGGAACAACGAAUUAUAU